CCUUAACUUUGUUAGGAUAUUCAUAUUGUCACUAAUUUUACUACUUAAGAAAUCAGCACACCUAGGUACUUGAGAAAUUAGGAUUGCUCUACUGACAAAUGUUUGCUAUUUUUAAUUGUGGAUAUCGAUUUUGAUUUUUCUUUUGCCACGGUAUGAAGAAUAUAUAUUUAGUUUUGGAAAGAUUUAAGGUUAAUUUGUUAUUACAUAGCCAUUCAUAAACAGUAUGUAGAUGGUUAUCCAUGUCAUUUAAUAGAAUGUCGAGGUUGGUUCCAAAGGCUGUUCGGAAAAUCAUUGAAUGAUAUAGAUGAGAAAUAGAAGAGGACCACCAUUUGCAUAAACUUACAUCGAUUCUGUAAGAAUUCUCGAUGUUGGGUUGGAAUUCCAGACCAUUCUUUAGAAGAAGUUUCCGGAGCUCCGUUGUACGAUCUUCCCCAACAUUUUCGGGCACGUUGUAGAAUCUCAGGUUUUAAUUUCUUGACUAAUUCACUUAAAGAGAGUGGAGUGAGGUAAAGAAAACUGCGGGGAUGGCUUAGCGGUCAAAGGAACCCAUGAUUGUUACAGCUACGAAGCCAAAUAGAAGGUCGAAUGACAGUUUAAAAGACUGAACCUUUCGCGCGAAAGCUGUGGCAAGGGUACUAUCAGACAAAAAUGUUAAAGUCAAAGAACAUUCUUGUUUACGUGACUGGAACUAGCACCGGUCCAGUGCUAGAUGUAAGCGACAAAGGUGAAGGUAAAUAUCGAAUUCAAUUUAAUAUCCUAAUUAUUAUAGUAGAGUGACCCUGGUACGCAUCUUUCAUCCAUAUUGCAAGUUAUUUCUAACCUGUAAGGAGCUUCACGAAAGGGACUGUUAGCAGAGAGUUAACCGUAGCUACUAACUUCAAUGAAAUAGGAUAUAUAAUUUUUCCUAUUCUCCUUUUCUAUACUCGCUCACGAGUGAGCGCAGCGAGCUGGAAUCGUUUUUCGCUUUUAGCAUUUUACCUAAGGUGAUAAGUCCCUUGUUCAUCUUGGAGGGCCGUAACCACAUCUGUGGUUGAACUUUGGCCUGGAGUAGCAGAUUUUUGUGAACCGCCAUGGCGCUCUUUUGGCGCGCUUUUUCCGCUCGAAUGGCGGCUGGAUUUUGUUGUAGUUUUUGUGGCCGCCGCUGUCCUCAUGUAUGAAAGUUGAGAGACUUAACAUGUAUCUUCUCACCCAUCUCAAGUGACAUGGUGGGAUCUUUUGUUCAAAAGUGAGAAAUAGGCUGAGUAUACCGUUUAGAGGAGGAGUCAACGUGCUUCUCUACACCUUUACCUUGUUCUUGAUGAAAUCCGGCAAGUUUGUCAGUCCAGGCGGUCAAAACUGCGCCUGAAACCGAUCUGACGCCGAAAAAAAACUGUCGUACUUUCGUUUGCUUGUGGCGAUAGUUCGCCCAUCUUAAAUUGCAGAGAAAAUCUUUCUCUUUGGAGAGGAACUUCUAACACAGCUAAUCUAAUCGGCGAUAAGCGUUGCACUGAUCGGCGCAUGCGCUUACAAUCUCAUGGAUCUCUCAGCAUGGAAACGAGGCAGAAUUACUUUGCGGAAGAAAUAAGAAAAGUAAAAACGUGGGUAAAAGUUCCAGCAGUUAUGGGCCACUAUAGGAUAAGCAAUAUAUUUGACGGUUGGCGAUGAAUGUUAUGUGUUGUCGUUAAUUAACAGCUACUUACGGCAACACCAUUCCGAAUUGAGUGGUUUUACACUAGAUAGGGUGAAUUUUAUCAGAGGCCUGAUUACUGUAAACAGAUAUGUCAAAACCCUAGGAGUUAUUUCUCUGAAACUUGUCAGAAAAAUUCAUCAGUGAUGAGAAAAUACGGUACAAGCUUACAACUGGAUAGCAGACUGAAUCAUAUAAUCACCGGCAAAAGCUAAAGCUCGUUGGCUUUAGGGUCAUGUGAUCCGAACCCGGAAGCAUGAAGUCUCGCAACGAUGAGGACGAUGCGGAUGCUAAUAAAUGUGGUGAUAAAAAUGACAACAAUAAUGAGGGCGACAGCGACGGUAAUAUAUGACAACGGCUAAUUUAGAUCAGGAGUCCUGAGUCAGGGAUGUUUAAUCAUCUGUCUUUUAAUAUCAUUAAUCCAGGUUAAAACAAAAAGUAUCCCUUCAUUUUUAGUUUGGCUGAUUACGGAUCCAAGAUUGUAUUAUCCUCUUCAUCAAGAAAAAGACACAAAAAAAUGGAACCAAAGACAACGAAAACGAGGCAGUGUUGAUGUCUAUCUCUGGAAAGCUGUCAUAGAUCCUUCCAAGCUACAGGUGGAAGAUCAUCCACAGUUUAAAGGUGUCUGCCUUGUCAAAACAGAUGGAAAAAUAACUUCUCCUCGUUGUCCAGGAGUAAUGCUUCAUUCUUUUCACUUCAUUAUUUUCACUUUUAGGCUUUGUUUAGCUGACCAUUGUUCUAUCCUUUCUGACAUUUUUACAUGAAAUCUGCGUAGGAGUAGUCUAAGUGUUAUCAAUAUCAUGGCUGUUUCGAAAUUUUUUUCCCAGAUAUUGUUUUCUUUAUUCUUUUGAUUUCACGGUGUCUUGAAAAAUAUCUUGGCUUUUAACUAUCUUUUCUACCCAUAGAAAGCACAUAAUUCCCUGCAACUACACAAGGAUCUAGAUCUAGAAUGGGAAAAAGCUGAGGUUCCGAAGUGUCGAGGAGGAAUGUCUUUACUGGAUUGUAAUUCCUUGGUGCAAGCCAUUGUAGAAUACAUGAAGGACAACUACCCUACUACACCGGAGGAGUUUAACUUUCAGGCGGAACUGAAAGUUGUAAGUCACUGGCACUGGUUCGAAGGAAAAGAGUCACCGAGACGUAAACCAGGUCCUCGUGACGACUUCCGUAUAAAAAGGGCAGUGAAGAAAACAUUUCAAAAAUGGUGUAGGGAUGUAAGGGAUCAAGAGUCAGCCAGUCAGUCCUCAGAAUCUGAUGACGAGUACAUAUCAGGUAAAGUUUGAAGUGUAGUUUCAUGCUGUACGUGUUUGACCACUGGGGAAUAAUCAACUGCUAUUCACCGAGAAAUAGGUGGCUAGUGAUGGAUAUUUACCAAGCAUCGAAGGGCGAGGUAAAUAUCCAGCACUAGCCACCGACACUGAGGUGAAUAAUUGUUUAAGUAUAUACUGAAACGGUAGGAUAAUAUGGCGCAAUAAGAUGAUUUCGAUGCAUUUAUUUAUAAAACGAUUAUAUUUUAUUUGGGGUGCAAAUCCUGCGCUCGUUUCUCGGUAGUGAAUCGCAAAGCAUAUUCGGGGUUUAUAGAUCAGUUGAUAAACACAGCCAGCAGAUUAUUCGCUAUGUUCAUUAUAAGUAGUACAUACCAAUAAGGUGAAUGGUUUUCGUGCUUUGGUUGUUUUAAUUGGCUAAUGCUGAUUCAAUUUAUGUUGUUUCUGAGCAGGUUUAAAAGAAGAUAUUUGUGCCCUCAAAAUGUAUUUCAACAAAGGAGGUAAGCAUUCAGUGAAAACAUAAAAUUAAUUGAUAACUAAAAUUUGUAUAUUGUAAGUCCAUGUAAGUAUUAUCAAAUGCACUUAACAAGAAUAAAACAUAGUUAACAACAUUCAUUGAGCCUGAGGUGAAUAAUUGUUUUAGUGUAAUUGCUCAGGUGUCUUCGAAGAUUGUCGUAAAUUCGGUACCUUUCUGUUACAAUUGUUUUGAUAAAUCAGAAAAAACUUCAUUAGUUUCUUAUAAAAGGUGUACGCCAAACGUAAUAGCACAUUUUGUGUUUAUCAGAAUUGCAGUUUGUUCAAUCGCGUUUAUCAGUUCCUACCAAACAUUAACAAAAUGCAAAGUAGCUAUUUUGAAAUUUAGCGUCCUUGCUAUAUAAUCACCUCGCGCUAGGUGAUUACAGCGAGAUAUAACGCAAUCCUCGAACAAUCAGAACGCACGCUUUUCCAUUCUCAUCGGAGCAGUUCCACCUAAAGUUUAUAUAAUAUCAUUAUUAUUAUUACUAGUUUGUUACAUUAAUGAGGUAGACCAAUUUUGUAGUCUAAAGAGGUAAUAAUCGUAAAAGGGUCUCUUACUCAGUUUGGUUAUGAACGGUAUGUAACUAAAUAAUAUGGAGCUUAUCUAUCUUCAGAGCUGGAAGAAGAUGAAACAGAAAAUGAGAAAUACUCCCAUGUGCAGUAUGAAAAUGAGGAUGAGUCAUGGUGUAGCCUAAUGGAACUAAAAUUGACCAAGGCGAGCUGGGGAGGCCUGUUAUAAGUUUUUUCCUCCUAACACCUACUCGCAAAUGUUCUGGGAAGGAUUGUCCAUCGUAAGUUGUUUAAAAGACAGAAAAUUUACUAACAAAAUUCCAAAUUUCGCUUACUCUACGGGCUCGUGCAAUUGUUUAGACUAUUUGUUGUAUUUGAAAGAUUUACUCGCGCUUAUAAAAACCAAAUUGCACUCGAAAUCGUUUUAUUACCUAUACAAAAAUGCCAGUUUAUCUCUUUAUUAAUUUUUACAGGACAACGCACCAAAUGGGGUGGCCAAGAGUGCUCUGCAUCUGGAUGGAGACUUGCAUUACGAGGAGGAAACAUUACUGAAAAGAAGAUCGGGGAAAAGGGUGCGUCACAAAAGGAGAAGAGAAGAGGAUGUAUUACGACUAAGAUCAAGGAAAAUUAUACGCAAAUCACUAAAAUUGGUUAUUCCCAAACCAAAAACACUUUCAGUUCAGUGAUUUAUUACACUUAAAGUAGAUGUAGUGUUGUUAGAAACAAAUUUUAUGCUAAUAACAACAAUAGUGAACUCUUCUAACUAUUUGCCAAUGCAAUGCCCUCAGUACUAGGAAACCACCAUCUCCAACUCUGCAACUCUUGUACACAACGAGAUUCUGCUGAAAAUUGAGGGUCUCAAUGAGGUCCGUCAUUCGUCAAGCAUCUAAAGAUUUAGAUUGGUAGUGCAAGAGAUUAUAAUCUUUUGGUUAGUACCGUCAGCAAUUGAAAACGAAGCAAAAUAUUAACCGUCGAACGCUUCAUAGAUAUUUCACAUCAUUAUUUGAGCCUUUUGCCACCACAGGUAGUCCAAGUUCGCACAGCGAGUUCUGUAAAUAUGUAAACACGUUGCGCAAAAGGAGAAUAUAGGGAUCUGAACGGUAAUAAACGGUCGCACUUGUUGCAUCGGUCGCACCGAAAAAUUUGAACUAGUCUUGAGUAGAAACACAUUUGUCUCGGUUAAUAGAAUUCGUUCGUCGGUCAGAAUCAGAGCGAGAGUCACUCCGAGUUACUUAGCGCUAGAGACAGUCAGAGGGACUGGUCAGAGAUACGACGGGAGGGAGAAAUGAAACCACUGUUAGUAGAAUUGUUACUUAUAAAAGAAAGGGACAGGUCUGUAGUUACCCCUUAACCACUUCGCAGCAUUUUAUUUGUUGGAGGGGUUAAAGGCAGGAAAAUGUUUACCACACUAUGCUUGAAUUGGGAAGGUCAAGAACUGAGAAUCAAAUAAACUUUAAAACGUCACGAACGUCUUAAGGUUAAAAGCCAUAGACAUCGGGAAAGUUUAUUAACUCUCUUGUAUCACAUAUUAAAGGAAUUUAAAGCUGUACAUAUCGAUUCAGAGCACCACGUUUUGGAAGAAUUUCUUUUAAAUAGUAGUUAUACUGGCAACCUUAAUGGGAGUCUAGAGCAAAGACUCGCCUUAGACCCAUUGAUUUAGCAUUUUCCUUUUAUCCAUGCUCCGCAGUUUCAAGAUCCAGUAAACACAAACAUUCAUGAUGCACAAAACAUUUAAUACAUUUACACUUAUACAAUAAGUUUCACAUAUGGCUCAAUUAGCGAUUUUUACACAAUUAUUUCAAUGAACUAUACGUAUGCGUAUAUAUCCACAAUCAAUGCUAUUGCCCUAGAACUGAAUUUUUUCGCUGACAUGAAUAUUAAACUUUUACCACUUCACC